CCGCGGUGCUUGCCCUGACGCGGUGGGUGCAGAGUGCCAGCUGGGGCCCCGCGUUGGAUUCCACUUAGUCUUUGGAGGGUUUGACUGCAUGGUGCCGUCGGUCUCUGGGAACACACACUUAACACAGCACUGAGUGAACGCCUCAUCCAUCCCUUCACUUCUUCUCACCCGAGCUAUUGCAUGUCUAAUAUUUAGACAUGUUCAGCUUUGUGGACUCAAGGACUGUUCUGCUACUUGUAGCAUCCCAACUUGUUUUACUGGCUGUGGUCACAUGUCAGGAAGAGGAUGACCAGGAGUCAGUUGGCUGCAUCCAGGACGGCCAGCUGUAUAAUGAUAAGGAUGUGUGGAAGCCAGAGCCGUGUCGAAUCUGUGUCUGUGACAGCGGAGCGGUUCUGUGUGAUGAGAUAAUCUGCGAGGAAAUGAGGGAGUGUGCCAACCCUAUCAUCCCAUCUGGAGAGUGCUGUCCCAUGUGCCCCGCCGAUGCCAUUGCCCCCAUUGAGACAAUCGGUGCAAGGGGCCAGAAGGGUGAACCCGGAGAUAUUGCAGAUGUUGUAGGACCAAGAGGACCAGCAGGCCCGAUGGGCCCCCCAGGUGACCAGGGAACACGUGGACCAGCUGGCGCAAAAGGUGACAAGGGAAAUCCUGGACCUCGUGGAAGAGAUGGCGAGCCUGGCACCCCCGGAAACCCCGGACCCUCUGGGCCACCUGGCCCACCUGGACCCGCAGGACUUGGAGGGAACUUUGCCGCACAGAUGGCUCAAGGUUUUGAUGAAAAGGCCGGAGGUGCUCAGAUGGGAGUGAUGCAGGGACCAAUGGGUCCAAUGGGUCCUCGUGGCCCACCGGGACCAAGUGGCGCUCCUGGCCCACAGGGUUUCCAGGGUGCCCCUGGAGAGGCUGGAGAGGCCGGUCCAGGUGGAGCAAUGGGACCCCGUGGACCACCUGGACCUUCUGGAAAACCAGGAAGUGAUGGUGAGGCUGGCAAACCUGGCAAAGCUGGUGAGCGUGGACCUGCUGGACCUCAGGGAGCUCGUGGAUUCCCUGGAACUCCUGGCCUUCCUGGAAUCAAAGGACACAGAGGUCACCCUGGUCUGGAUGGCGCCAAGGGAGAGACCGGUGCUGCCGGUGCAAAGGGUGAGUCUGGUGCUUCUGGAGAGAACGGCGCCCCCGGACCCAUGGGCCCACGUGGUCUGCCUGGUGAGAGGGGACGUCCCGGUGCUGCUGGAGCUGCAGGUGCCCGUGGAAAUGAUGGUUUGCCUGGACCUGCUGGUCCACCUGGACCUGUUGGUCCUGCUGGAGCACCCGGGUUCCCAGGAUCCCCAGGAGCCAAGGGAGAAGCUGGUCCAACUGGAGCUCGUGGAGCUGAAGGCCAGCAGGGUCCCCGUGGAGAGGCUGGUACUCCAGGAUCUCCCGGACCUGCUGGAGCAUCGGGAAACCCCGGAACUGAUGGCAUCCCUGGAGCUAAGGGAUCUGCUGGUGGUCCUGGUAUUGCUGGUGCCCCUGGCUUCCCUGGCCCCCGUGGGCCUCCUGGGCCACAAGGAGCAACAGGCCCUCUGGGACCCAAAGGACAGUCUGGUGACCCUGGUCUUCCUGGAUUCAAAGGUGAAGCUGGACCCAAGGGAGAGCUUGGCCCCGCUGGUCCCCUAGGUGCACCCGGCCCUGCUGGUGAGGAAGGAAAGAGAGGCGCUAGAGGAGAACCUGGUGCUGCUGGACCAAUUGGACCUCCAGGGGAGAGAGGAGCUCCUGGCAACCGUGGUUUCCCUGGUCAGGAUGGUCUUGCAGGCGCUAAGGGUGCCCCAGGUGACCGUGGCGUCCCUGGUGCUGCUGGGCCUAAAGGUGCUACAGGUGACCCUGGACGCACAGGAGAGUCGGGUCUUCCUGGAGCAAGAGGUCUUACUGGCCGUCCUGGAGAUCCUGGUCCUCAAGGCAAAGUCGGACCUUCUGGUGCCGCUGGUGAGGAUGGUCGCCCCGGCCCUCCUGGUCCUCAGGGAGCCCGAGGACAGCCAGGAGUGAUGGGAUUCCCCGGACCAAAAGGAGCAAAUGGUGAGCCUGGAAAGGCUGGAGAGAAAGGUCUUGUGGGUCGCACUGGUCUGAGAGGUCUGCCAGGAAAAGAUGGUGAGACUGGAUCUGCUGGACCACCUGGCCCUGCUGGACCCGCUGGAGAGAGAGGAGAGCAAGGUCAGCCUGGACCUUCUGGCUUCCAGGGUCUUCCUGGACCAACUGGUUCCCCAGGAGAGGGUGGAAAACCCGGAGACCAGGGGGUUCCUGGAGAGGGUGGAGCACCUGGUGCUGUUGGACCUAGAGGUGAACGUGGUUUCCCCGGUGAGAGGGGCGGUGCUGGUCCUCAGGGUCUUCAGGGACCUCGUGGACUUCCUGGAACACCUGGAAGUGAUGGACCCAAGGGUGCCAUUGGACCAGCAGGAUCUGCUGGAUCCCAGGGACCCCCUGGCCUGCAGGGUAUGCCCGGAGAGAGAGGAGCCGGUGGCAUCCCAGGACCCAAAGGAGACAGAGGCGACAAUGGAGCAAAGGGACCUGAGGGAGCUCCUGGAAAGGACGGUUCUAGAGGUUUGACCGGUCCCAUUGGUCCUCCUGGCCCAGCUGGACCCAACGGUGCCAAGGGUGAGACUGGACCUUCAGGGCCUUCUGGUGCUGCUGGCGUUCGUGGUGCCCCUGGCGACCGUGGCGAGGUUGGUCCUCCUGGGCCUGCUGGCUUUGCUGGACCUCCCGGUGCAGAUGGUCAGCCUGGUGCCAAAGGAGAGCUUGGUGAGGGUGGACAGAAAGGAGAGGCUGGUGCUUCCGGACCUCAAGGACCAUCUGGAGCACCCGGGCCUGUGGGCCCAACUGGUGUAUCUGGACCUAAAGGUGCACGUGGUGCUCAGGGAGCUCCUGGUGCCACUGGUUUCCCUGGUGCUGCUGGUAGAGUUGGAUCUCCUGGCCCUAAUGGUAACCCUGGCGCUGUUGGACCUGCUGGUCCUGCUGGCAAAGAUGGACCAAAGGGUGCCCGUGGUGAUGGUGGACCCCCUGGAAGACAGGGAGAUGCUGGCCUUCGAGGACCUGCUGGCGCACAAGGAGAGAAGGGAGAGCCUGGAGAAGAUGGACCCCCUGGUGCAGAUGGACCCUCAGGUCCUCAGGGUCUGGCUGGAUCUCGUGGUAUUGUUGGUUUGCCUGGUCAGCGUGGAGAGAGAGGCUUCCCUGGCCUUCCUGGACCUUCUGGUGAGCCUGGGAAACAAGGAGGCCCUGGCUCUUCUGGUGACCGUGGACCUCCUGGACCUGUAGGACCCCCUGGACUUACUGGACCUGCUGGAGAGACUGGAAGGGAGGGUACGCCUGGAUCAGAUGGACCACCUGGUAGGGACGGAUCCGUUGGAAUCAAGGGAGAGCGAGGUAACACUGGUCCUGCUGGUGCCCCUGGUGCUCCUGGUGCUCCCGGUGCCCCUGGACCUGUCGGACCUCUUGGCAAGCAGGGAGACAGAGGAGAGGCUGGUGCACAAGGACCUGCAGGACCACCUGGACUCGCUGGUGCUCGAGGAAUGGCUGGACCCCAAGGACCACGUGGAGAUAAGGGAGAGAGCGGUGAGUCUGGCGAGAGAGGACAGAAGGGUCACCGUGGAUUCACCGGUCUGCAGGGUCUUCCUGGACCUCCCGGUCCUGCUGGAGAUUCUGGGUCUGCUGGACCUGCAGGACCAAGCGGCGCUAAGGGACCACCUGGACCAACCGGACCCGCUGGCAAAGAUGGAUCUAAUGGACAGCCUGGCCCCAUUGGACCACCCGGACCUCGUGGACGCUCUGGAGAAUCUGGCCCAGCUGGUCCUCCUGGAAAUGCCGGACCCCCUGGUCCCCCUGGCCCUCCAGGCCCUGGCAUUGACAUGUCUGCCUUCGCUGGUCUGGGACAGACUGAGAAGUCUCCCGAUCCUCUGCGGUACAUGAGGGCUGAUGAGGCCUCCAGCUCCCUGAGACAGCAUGAUGUUGAGGUUGACUCCACGCUCAAGUCCCUCAACAACCAGAUUGAGAACCUGCGCAGCCCCGAUGGCUCUCAGAAAAACCCUGCUCGCUCCUGCAGAGACCUCAAACUGUGCCACCCUGAAUGGAGGAGCGGUGACUACUGGGUUGAUCCUAACAUUGGAAGCACAGCUGAUGCCAUCAAGGUCUUCUGCAACAUGGAAACUGGAGAGACCUGCGUCUAUCCGAGCAUUGCCAAGGUACCCAAGAAGUCCUGGUGGACCAGCAAGAGCAAGGAUCGCAAGCACAUCUGGUUUGGCGAGACCAUGAAUGGAGGAUUCCAUUUCAGCUAUGCUCAGGACGGCCCUGCUGCCAAUGCCGCCAGUGUCCAGCUGACCUUCUUGAGGCUUCUGUCCAAUGAGGCAUCCCAGAACCUCACUUACCACUGCAAGAACAGCAUUGCAUACAUGGACCAGGCCACCGGCAACCUGAAGAAGGCUUUGCUCCUGCAGGGCUCCAACGAUGUGGAGAUCCGUGCAGAGGGCAACAGUCGCUUCACAUACAGCGUGUUGGAGGAUGGCUGCAAGAAACACACAGGCCGAUGGGGCAAGACUGUCUUUGAGUACAAAACACAGAAAACCUCCCGUCUGCCCAUCGUGGACAUUGCUCCUAUGGACAUCGGAGGAGCGGAUCAGGAGUUUGGCUUGGAUGUAGGCCCAGUCUGCUUCUUGUAAAAUGGAAUAUCACAAUGACCCCCCAGAAUAACAGGAACAAAAUAAACUCAACCAUGAAACACUACACACAAUUCCAUAAUAAAGAAGACUGGAAAUGAUAAAAUUGAUCUCAAAGCGAAGUGCUCAAGUUGGAUGCUAGCACUGAAGGGCAUCGGCAAUAAGUGUACAUCUCUGUCAACCCGCCUCCUGAAAUCCAGUCAUGUUUCCCAUGGCCCACUGUUGACAGGAAUGAGUCCGGAGAAAGAGAGGGACCAAGCAAAAGUUGUGGAGAACUGAAACAUGACUUGAUGUCACUUAUUUAUUGUCUCACCUGAAUGGGCAGAGAUGAGGUAGGACUGGAGGGGUUCACUUUGUAAGUACGACAAACCCCUUUCCACUACACAACAGCCGCGCAACCUCUGUUCCAGUCCUGCUCCACCUCCUUCCCUGUUUCCCACCCGUCACACUAAUAUGGCAUUUUGAAUUCGUGUAGACCAAUAAAAUAUUCUCAAAAUCCAGGUACUCCACGCCUGUCCAUCGUGAGCAGGAGCAAAACCUUUACUGUGUAUUAUAAAGCCUUGGUUCUAGUGUUGUAAAGGUCUGUUUAUAAGCAACCAGAUGGUUUUAUAUGUAUUUCCACAUUAUGUGUGUACAUGUGUUGAUAUGCACACCAACACUUUUUGGAAAGUGAGGUUACAUUUGGGGGUGUAUGUCUCCAAGUCUCGUACCCCUUCACUGCACAUCAGAGGAGGGAAAUUUACUCUCAUCCAAAAAUUUGCUUUGAAAAAAAAAUCCCGAGCAACUUUAUUGUAGUCAUCCAGAUGGUUUGAAGCUACCUCACGCUGAAAAACGUAGUGAAAAUGUACAGAUGACCACAAAUAAUCUUACCACCAGGCAAAUCCAAUAUGGUCAUCUAUGCUUUGGGUUGCUCUCUUCUGAAGGUGCUAUGACUUCUGUAAUUUAGUCUCUACCGAAAGACCACCCAUCACCCCCACCCCAUCCUUAAUUCCCACUGGCCUCACGCCACACACUCACACUCCACCCUGGAUGAGGUCUACCGUUGGGUUGAGACAGGUGAAGACCGGGGCUACUUCAAGACCACCACUGAAGUCCACACACCAAAGCUGAACCAAGUGUCCCAAUAACACAGGGUGGGACGUCUGUGUGUGUGUGAGGGUGUGUACAUUUUUUAAAUUAAUUUUAUUAUGAUCCGUUUUGUUUUUGUUACACUUCUUAUUGAUGUAAAUUGGAAAUAAAAGGAAAACAGAAUGAAGAAGUGUAUUUUUGUUUGACUUUUCAAUAAAAGUAUCACAGGCGUGGGAAUGUUUUCUUCAUUCUUUCAAUAACAAAAAAAACCAUUCAGGUAGUAUGCUUGAACAAUUUCAUGCUAUUUAGUAAAGUCAUAUUUUUAUUAGAUAAGGUGAGCUUUCCAGUAAGCAUUUGUGAAUGUGUGGAAGAUUUAAGACCGACUCAAUAGUGUAUUUUUAUACAGGUAAAUCUAAACUACAGUACUGUAUUGGUUCUCCUGCUUCAGGGUGUGGCUGGGCAUCAUUGGCUUUGUCUGAACAGAUCAUUGGUUGACUCCA